GCAGCCAUGUCCCGGCCCAUGUCCGACCAUGACAAGAGGAAGCAGAUCAGCGUGCGCGGCCUGGCCGGCGUGGAGAAUGUGACGGAUCUCAAGAAGAACUUCAACCGGCACCUGCACUUCACGCUUGUCAAGGACCGCAACGUGGCCACGCCCCGAGACUACUACUUCGCGCUGGCCCACACGGUGCGCGACCACCUGGUGGGGCGCUGGAUCCGCACGCAGCAGCACUACUACGAGAAGGACCCCAAGAGGAUUUACUACCUGUCACUGGAGUUCUACAUGGGACGCACGCUCCAGAACACCAUGGUGAACCUGGCCUUGGAGAAUGCCUGUGACGAGGCCACCUACCAGCUGGGCCUGGACAUGGAGGAGCUAGAGGAAAUUGAGGAAGAUGCAGGACUGGGCAACGGGGGCCUGGGCCGGCUGGCAGCCUGCUUCUUGGACUCCAUGGCAACACUGGGUCUGGCUGCCUAUGGCUACGGGAUCCGUUAUGAAUUUGGAAUUUUUAACCAGAAAAUCUGUGGGGGCUGGCAGAUGGAGGAGGCUGAUGACUGGCUUCGCUAUGGCAACCCCUGGGAGAAGGCCCGGCCUGAGUUCACGCUGCCUGUGCACUUCUACGGCCGAGUGGAGCACACCAGCCAGGGGGUCAAGUGGGUGGACACACAGGUGGUACUGGCCAUGCCCUAUGACACGCCCGUGCCCGGCUAUCGCAACAACAUCGUCAACACCAUGCGCCUCUGGUCUGCCAAGGCCCCCAAUGACUUCAACCUCAAAGAUUUCAAUGUCGGUGGCUAUAUCCAGGCUGUGCUGGACCGAAAUUUGGCCGAGAACAUCUCUCGUGUCCUGUACCCCAACGACAACUUCUUUGAGGGGAAGGAGCUGCGGCUGAAGCAGGAGUACUUCGUGGUGGCCGCCACGCUUCAGGACAUCAUCCGUCGCUUCAAGUCCUCUAAGUUCGGCUGCCGGGACCCCGUGCGCACAAGCUUCGAUGCCUUCCCUGACAAGGUGGCCAUCCAGCUCAAUGACACCCACCCGUCCUUGGCCAUCCCUGAGCUGAUGAGGAUCCUGGUGGACCUGGAGCACCUGGAGUGGGACAAGGCCUGGGAUGUGACAGUGAAGACGUGCGCAUACACCAACCACACGGUGCUGCCUGAGGCCCUGGAGCGCUGGCCCGUCCACCUCAUGGAGACGCUGCUGCCCAGGCACCUCCAAAUUAUCUACGAGAUCAACCAGCGCUUCCUGAACAGGGUGGCAGCUGCGUUCCCAGGGGACGUGGACCGGCUGCGGCGCAUGUCGCUGGUGGAGGAGGGCGCUGUGAAGCGCAUCAACAUGGCUCACCUGUGCAUCGCCGGCUCGCACGCGGUCAACGGCGUGGCUCGCAUCCACUCCGAGAUCCUCAAGAAGACCAUCUUCAAGGACUUCUACGAGCUGGAGCCUCACAAGUUCCAGAACAAGACCAACGGCAUCACCCCUCGGCGCUGGCUGGUCCUCUGUAACCCAGGGCUGGCGGAGGUCAUCGCUGAGCGCAUUGGGGAGGAGUACAUCUCAGACCUGGACCAGCUCCGCAAACUGCUGUCCUAUGUGGAUGAUGAAGCCUUUAUCCGAGACGUGGCCAAAGUCAAGCAGGAAAACAAGUUGAAGUUCUCUGCAUACUUAGAGAGGGAAUACAAAGUCCAGAUCAACCCCAAUUCGCUCUUUGAUGUCCAGGUGAAGCGAAUUCAUGAAUACAAACGCCAGCUCCUCAAUUGCCUCCACAUCAUCACCCUAUACAACCGCAUCAAGAAGGAACCCAAUAAGUUUGUUGUGCCUCGAACUGUGAUGAUUGGAGGGAAGGCCGCACCUGGGUACCACAUGGCCAAGAUGAUCAUCAAACUCAUCACGGCCAUUGGGGAUGUGGUCAACCACGACCCAGUGGUGGGAGACCGCCUCCGAGUGAUCUUCCUGGAGAACUACCGAGUCUCUCUGGCUGAGAAAGUGAUCCCAGCCGCUGACCUCUCUGAGCAGAUCUCCACUGCGGGUACUGAGGCCUCGGGCACUGGUAACAUGAAGUUCAUGCUUAAUGGAGCCCUGACCAUUGGCACCAUGGAUGGUGCCAACGUUGAGAUGGCAGAAGAGGCGGGCCAGGAGAACUUCUUCAUCUUUGGCAUGAGGGUCGAGGAUGUGGACAGGCUUGACCAGAGAGGGUACAACGCCCAGGAGUACUAUGACCGCAUUCCUGAGCUCCGGCAGAUCAUCGAGCAGCUCAGCAGCGGCUUCUUCUCCCCCAAACAGCCCGACCUGUUCAAGGACAUUGUCAACAUGCUCAUGCACCAUGACCGGUUUAAAGUCUUUGCAGAUUACGAAGACUACAUUAGAUGCCAAGAGAGAGUCAGUGCCCUGUACAAGAACCCCCGAGAGUGGACGAGGAUGGUGAUCCGGAACAUUGCUACUUCUGGCAAGUUCUCCAGUGACCGCACCAUUGCCCAGUAUGCCCGGGAGAUCUGGGGGGUUGAGCCUACUCGCCAGCGCCUGCCGGCCCCUGAUGAGGCCAUCUGAGUCUGUGGUCCAGACUCCCACAGCCCAAAUUGGUGCAAUGUCUUGGGCCAGCCCCAGCUCCUUGUCCAGAGAGUGGGUGUCCUAAGCCAGAUCUCUAAGCCCCUCCUGGGCCCCGUUUCUCCCACUUCGAGGUCCCAGUGUCAAGUGUGACUAGAGACACUGUCCCCUUUCUGUCCUAGGGCUCUUGACCCCCUCCUUUUUAUGGGGCCUGACCAAUUGCACCCACUCCCCAAUAAAGUGAUUCUCCUCGGGAACAUCCU